AUGGUUAGUUGGAGUGUGUAUCUGGCAACACACGAGCGUGGGGUCGGCUGGGCGCGUCCUGCCGCUGCGUUAGUCCGCUUCAAGCGGCGCGGUUGCUCAGCGCUCCGCGGUGUCCCGGCCGGCCGCCUUAAGGUACACCUCCUACGCAGGCGCAGGCGGGGCGUGCGUGCGGCGCGCGAGUGCAUGGCGCUGCUGUACCGCGCCACGCGGCUCAAGGACCGUGCUGACACGCACGUGUUCACGUUCGUGGUCACCCGCUCUGCCACCCGCGAGCCCGACCGCGACGUCACCUCCAAAGACUUCUGCUGCGCUCACCAGAGAUGGGCGGUCGCGUUCAGCCGCAGCGAGGCAUCGCUGGGCGUCUAUCUGGUGUGGAGGGGCGUGUGCGAGGGCAUGCGCGUAUACGUAGAUUUUACCUUUACGUUGCUUAGUCGUGAUCACUUUACUGCCAAUGAGGGGUUCUCUGGGAAGCAAGUCAGAUUCUAUGCUGGAUGUGCGGCUCAAGGUCGGGGACGAUGUGUAUCGCUGGCGGAACUCAAUUCUAAAUUUGCAGACGCGCGAGGCGAAUUCCAACUAGAGCUAAGCAUGUCACGUGUCCGAACACUCUAUUCAUGUGAAUUGAGAGCACCAAGGCUAGAUACUCCCCCGAUAGCCUUUGCUAGUUUCGAUUGGUCCGUGUCUGCUACCGGCGGCGUCGGAAAGGAACCGCUGUCUCUUCGCCUGGUUAGACUCUCGGGUGAAGGUCAGCGAUGCAGAGUACGAUAUGCUCUUGCACUCGGAGAGGGGGAACGUCGCAUACACUCGGGCCCCCUUGAAUACCUCUGUGACGCAGACGGCCGCACUCCAGCGUGGACCCCUCGACCACCUUCCCGCCUUCUGCAUAAAGGGGUCCGUCUCACUGUGGAAUUAGUAUCAGCCCGGGCACUGGCAGAACUGGCAGUACCAGUUGGCGGUCGAGCCGCAACAUGUUACGAUCGUGAUAAACAAGCGUGGGCGCUCCGUUGUGACACACACUCAGAAACAGUGAGACUACACAUGCUGUAUCGGGACGUGCAUCACGUACCGCGAAACCAUCUUCGAUACGUGAGCUGGUCAGCUUGGUUGGUACGGGCUGCCCCCGCUCCUGGCGAGCCCGAAGCUGAAGAACUACCUGGAGCACCUUUCGAACACUACUAUGCUCAAGAAAGCGCCGACGAGGGUCUCAUGAUGGAAACAGCACUAAAAGUUGAAGAUGUAUCUCGUGCCGGUUGCCCUUUUUUACAUCCAGGUGGAGAGCUUCAAGUCCGUCUCGAGUGGACGGAUACUUACCUUCUCUUUCAAGCAACUUACCAUGUCUAUGAUGAUUUGUGCCGUUUACAUGCUCAUCAGAUGAGACGUGAAAUAGCUGCACUACAAGCUGAAAACUAUUCACUAGAGCGGCAGCUAUUCAGCUAUCAAAAAAGUCUAGCCUACGCCCAGGCACAAGCAGGAGAUCCGGCGGUAGCGGAAGGAAGUGGCAGGCGUUCGCCUGCUGAGCGCUCGUUGUCUACGGACACGGAAUACGCGUGA